AUGGGAGAAUGGACUAUAUUAGAAAGACUUCUGGAGGCUGCUGUGCAACAGCACAGUACUAUGAUAGGAAGGAUUCUGCUGACCGUGGUUGUCAUCUUUAGAAUACUCAUUGUUGCCAUCGUAGGAGAGACUGUUUAUGAUGAUGAGCAGACCAUGUUUGUCUGCAAUACACUCCAGCCGGGGUGCAACCAGGCGUGCUAUGACAGGGCUUUUCCAAUCUCUCACAUCAGAUACUGGGUGUUCCAGAUCAUUAUGGUCUGUACUCCAAGCCUUUGCUUUAUCACCUAUUCCGUGCACCAGUCUGCUAAACAGAAGGAAAGGAGGUAUUCCACUGUGUUUCUCACCUUGGACAGGGACCAAGACAGUAUGAAAAGAGAGGACAGCAAAAAAAUCAAGAACACACUGGUUAAUGGUGUCCUUCAAAACACCGAAAACUCUACCAAGGAGGCUGAACCGGACUGCUUGGAGAUCAAAGAAAUUCCCAACCCCUCCAUAAGAACCACUAAAUCUAAAAUGAGGCGCCAGGAAGGAAUCUCUAGGUUUUAUAUUAUUCAAGUGGUCUUCAGAAAUGCCCUGGAGAUUGGGUUUCUUGUUGGACAAUACUUUCUGUAUGGGUUCAAUGUACCCUCUCAGUAUGAGUGUGACAGGUAUCCGUGCAUCAAAGAGGUGGAGUGUUAUGUAUCCAGACCCACAGAAAAGACAGUGUUUCUUGUUUUUAUGUUUGCAGUCAGUGGUCUCUGUGUUGUUCUUAACUUGGCUGAGCUAAACCACUUAGGCUGGAGGAAAAUCAAGACGGCAGUUAGAGGUGUACAGGCCAAGAGGAAAUCCAUUUAUGAAAUCAGAAAUAAAGACUUGCCCAGGAUGGGAGUACCCAACUUUGGAAGGACUCAAUCUAGUGACUCUGCCUAUGUGUGA